AUGCGGCAUAUCUGCACCUUGGAACUGCUACAAGAAAGGCGUUAUCUGCCGGAUUCCAAAAAACCACACCAAGCUCCGACGCUCGAUUUGUUGAAAUCCGAAACACCAUAUGGGCGUUGUAUAUUUACGAAGUGUAUGUGGAAAUUCGUUAUUAAGUAUGCAAUUAGUUGGUUUAUUAACCCGUAUAGGCUGGUUUCCUUUUUUCUCGGUCGGCCAACUUCCCUUUCUUGGGAAGAUAUGGAGAUCCAAGCCCCCGACGAUCCGUUUCUUCUCUGUCUCGUCCGACUGACAAAAAUCAUGUCGAGAUCAGCUAAGUCAAUUUACCUCAGCAGACACGAUUCAUUCCUCCCAGUUCGAGAUGCUGCUGCUGCGAUCCGCCGGGACCUCGCAGAUUUCGAAUCAUUGAUGCGACACAAUCUGGGAGUCAGCGUGGAUAGUGACCCGUUUUCACGGGAAAAGGGUGUUUGUCAAACUAUUCUCACAUCAUUGUAUUGUCAUACUUUGCUCUUGACCUAUCGACCAUUCAUCAUUCUUCGAGCCAAGUUAUCCAAAUUGCUUGCUGAGUCGUGCAACGGGAAUGGGGAAACGUUCCAAGGAGAGCGUAGCAGAAUGCCAACAUGGUUGAAUGAGGCCUGUGAUAUUGCAAUUACAGCGGCUCGAGAUGCAAUACAACAUAUUUCGAGAGCCUCGGUCAUCAAUCCACCGGUCCAGGAGCUUCGAUAUCACGGGUUCUUUAUUGGAAGUUCCAUAUUCGUUCUUAUAUGCGAUGUCCUACAAGAUCCAUCAAUAAUCUCUGUCCACCAGCCAUGGAUCCACAUGGGGAUUCAAUGUCUCCAUCUGAUGCGAGAGGGGGAGCCGAUCGCUAGCACACUUAAUGCUAUUGAUCUAGCACUGAAGAAAUUGGCUCAGCGUCAGGUGUGUCUAGAUAUGCAAUCGGGCAACUCUCCAGAGUUCUCGGUCGGGAUGUCUUCGAAGACUGGGGAUUACGGGACA